ACAUGAUUAUUUUUAUCAUUCUUUUAAAAAUACACCAUCCUAACAUAAACCUUAUGAAUUCUGAACAAAAGACUGCCUCCCCAGGAAUUCAUUUGUUUGUGUUAAAUUGAUCACUCUUCAGGUGAUGAAUAUUACCAGUUAGCUUUAUUAGACUGGAUAAAUAGUAUGCCCCCAAAGCAUUUUUUGCCUGAUAACUAGGAUAGAGAAUUUUAAGGAAGGAGGAAACUGUCAAAAUAGUAAAACUUCCAUUAACCCUAGUGAUGAAACAUGUCUGUACACAUAGGUAAAAAUACAGUUGUUGGGAUGACAGGGAAAAGGUUUUAAAUCUAAACUGAACUAGCUGGAUUAUCUGCAUUAACAAAAUUUGGUACUCAAGUAACUGUCUAAGCAAUACUAUCUAUUGUAGUCUAGUUCUUUCAACUACAGCCUCAAGGAAAUUUUAGUAGAAAACCUUAUAAAUUCAAUAUUCUUAUGAAGAGUUCAAUUAUAAAUCCAACUUGGAAUAUUUUCUCAUUUUAUGACUCUUAUGUGUACUGUAAAUCUGGCCUAUAUCAUCUUUAAUAUAUGAAAAAAAACUUAGAAUUGCAUUAAGUCCCCAAGGAAGAAGUGCCUUUAAAAUUAAAAGGUUCCUUACUACAAAGAAAAGUAGUUACAUUAUUUCAGUAUAAAGCACCUUAUCCAAGGAUUAAUUCUCUGAAACCCUUUCACAACCUGAUUAGACAUGUCAGCAGGAAUUAACCUUGAGUGCUUCCUGCUGAGAUUGUACAUUAGGGCAAGAAAAGAUUUUCCAUUUCUGUUAUUUCAGUGAGAUUAUGAAAUCACCAUAAUAAUUUUUAGGUGUUUUGAUAUUGAUGAAGCAGUUUCUUUCAAAUUUAGAAAAAAUAUGAAAACUAUAAAAUCUAAUUAUUUAAACCCAAUUAUAUUUAACUUUUUGGUAAAUUGACCUAACCAUAAAAUCCUUAAAUGGUUUAAAGUUUGUCAUUCAAUAUAAAAAACUCAUUAAUUGCAUAGUUGUUUGAUAACCUAUUUGGUGCUAUAGAAAGUAAGACAAAACGAAGUUGACUCUUGCCUUGAGAUCUGCGUGACCUAAGACAAUGGUAACAGAGACUUUAAUGACAUACAGCAUAUUUAAUGAAUUCAUAGACCAUGUUUGUGAUGCUUAAUAACGUCAACUUGGACUGAAGCAUGCAAAGUAUUGAUUCUGGGUGUGUCUGUGAGAGAGUUGCCAAAGGAGAUUAACAUUUGAGUCAGUGGGCUGGGGAAGGCAGACCCACCCUUAAUCUGAGUAGGUACCAUCUAAUCAGGUGCCAGCAAAUAUAAAGCAGGCAGAAAAACAUGAAAAGGCUAGACUGGCCUAGCCUCCCAGCCUACGUAUUUCUCCUGUGCUGGAUGCUUCCUGCCCUUGAACAUCAGACUCCAGGUUCUUCAGCUUUGGGAUUCAGACUGGCUUUCCAUGCUUCUCAGCUUGGAGAUGGCCUACUGUAGGACCUUGUGAUCAUGUGAGUUAAUACUUAAACCCCACUAUGUGUGUGUAUGAUAUAUAUAUAUAUAUAUCAUAGAGAGACAGAGAGAGAUCAGUUCUGUCCCUCUAGAGAACACUAAUACAAUGUUGUUGUGUUCAUCUUAAUAAUUUCAAAGCACUUGUCAAAAAUUUAAUGCUAACUGAUAGAAAUAACCUACAAGAAAUCUAAUGAGGCCUACUUACCCAGGGAUAAGUGAUUCACCUGACAAUAGGUGUCAUAAGUCUUAACUCUCAUUUUAUUAGUCCUAUCCAGAGACCACAUUUUCUGUUUUAGCAAUACUUAGGUGCACAUCUCAGCAAACACAAAUCAAUUGGACAAUUUAAACUAGCACUAUCCAACCAUAAUGAACUCUUGUUGAAAAAUAGUCUGUCCCUAGUUGUAUAUUGUAGUGAGAAGAGAUUCCAAUCUUCAUGUCAGAAUGGCACCUAUAUGAGUCAAAAUGUCUAAAUGAAAUAAUUUACAUGGAGCAAAGUCAAAUACUUACGUUUUAUUUUUAAAUUAUCCUCUAUUUGCAAUUAUACUUUAAAGUGUAUCCCCUUCUCUAUCCUCUUAUGAGGACUGGACAGCCUCCACAGAGAUGGCUGGACAAAGCAAGGGUAAACUUAGGUAAGACACCAUUUCUCGUUACUCUGAAAUCCCUACAAAUGUGGUUAUUCCAGAGGACACUGGGCAAUGACUGACAGGGUUUAGCAUCCUACCUGAGGGGAAACUGCCAAUCCCAGCUGUAAAAUGAACAAAUAUCCAGUUAUUAUUAUUUUUUAGCCAUCUUACAACUUAGCUAAUAUAACAGGAUUUACAGCCAAUUGUACAUGAAAGUUUAAUUCGGUGUCAGAUAAAGCAUAUCUUUGAUGCAGAAAUAAUAAAGCAUUAGGCCUUAUCUGGUUAAAAGGUUUUUGCCAUUCAUUCAUUCAUUCAAACCUAUGCUUAUUGAAUACUGACUAAGUGCCAGGGGCUUAUUAAGAGACAUUUAAAUAAGAUGGGAUCUUUGACUAUUACAGGUUUCAGCCUAGGGCUAAAUUAGGAGAAGAUAACAAGGUAUUCAAAUAAAUGUAACUAAGAGUAAUGGUUGUGUGUCUGUGUGUGUGUGUGUCCUCGAAGUUGCAUCUCUAGGGUGGAACAGCUAUAAAAUUUUGAUCACGAUAUCCAUUUUGCAGGGCUUUUGCAGUGAGCGCUCUUAUACCUGUGCUAUAUAUUAAAUAACUAUAAUUUCUCAUCUUUCUGUUCCCACUUCCCUUGGUGGUUUGCAUAUUUAACUCAAUAAGCAUCUACUGAAAUGAACUGAUUUGUUGAUGUAAGUAUGCUCAGUAUGGUCUUGCUCUUGGUAUAUGUUUUUUGCCUUUUUGAUGCUUUAGAAGGCUUUCAAAGCAAGCAGGGAACGUGAUGAGUAGAUGAGGGAAUUUUCAAACACAUUAUCUGAUUUAGGAUUCUACAUGAACUUGGUAUAUACUGUCAAUAAUCACUUAUUUAAAAUCAGAUUUUUAAAACUGGAAGCAACUCUUUGAUCAUCUAGUCCAUCUAGUCUACAUCCUUCCUUUUACAAAUGAAGCAUCCAAGAGCCAGAAGCUUUCAGACAUCCUGACUCAAUGUCCUGUAUUGAUUGCAUAGCCUCCUUUGUGCAGGUUACAGAUGCAUUUGACUUCACUUAAUCUAAGACAUUUAUUUUCCUUGAACUCUUGAUAGGUCUGCUGCUUUCCUCAAGGGAAUCCAACCUAGCUGGAUUUUAAUCUCUUUGAAUUGUGGCCUCAGCUAUAAAAGUUUUAGCUGAGGUUUUAAUGGCUGCACUUAAGUAAAUUUAACAGAUACACCAGGGGGUGUUCCAAUUACAUACACCAUUAAAGGGCUUUAUGUGAGGAUUUGAAAAAAUUACCAUUAAAAAGAAAGCAUAGUCCAUGUGCAGUAUAAUUUACCAGCAGGAAAGAUUUCAAUGUCCUGGAAAAGUUCCCUAUAAAAAGGAAGCUAGGAAAUUAGAAAAGUCACAGUACUCAACAUACUUCAAGGGGAUCGUGAAGGAUUUUUGCCUCUAAGAAGCUCUCUGCCUCUAAACAGGUAAAAGUCUUUGUAUUAUUUCUAGCACGAGUUUUUCUUUUUUAGAUUGCAUGCUAUUGUAUGUCUACAGGGCAUUUGACAGCCCAAGGGCUAGAUCCAGGUGUGACAGUAUCUAAUGAAGUUCUGUCCUUCACGGUCCUUGCCAUGAGAUCCAGCCUUUGGGGAAUCCCACAGCUUAUCGACCCGUAUUUGAUUUAAUCUUUAGCCUCUUUGCCAUCAAAUGAAAAUUAACCUGGAGACACAUUUCAUUAGAUAAUUUCAGGUCCACUUGGCUAGGAAGGCAUCUGGUCUGGGACUAACUACUUUGAACACUGUUGAGUCCUCUCUCCUACAGAUGGUCCAGCCAGCAGGUUAGGAAGACUGAAGGAUAAACAGAAAAAUGUCAUUAGUACCAUGGGGUAGCCAUUUAAUGUCAAGCAACUUUAUAUUAGCCAGAGAUUCCUAGUAGAAGCUACUUUUCUUAACAGAUGGCUCAGUUCCCGUUAUCUCAGCAAUGAGUUGAAGACCAAUCCACAGCAGGGGGAAUGUUAAGCCAAAAAUGGUGAAUUUGAUAAGGGAUGAAUUAUGGGGUUUGGAUAACCAAACAAUAAAAGUAUAGACUGUUUUAGCACUAAAACGUCCUGAACACGUGAGCUUAAAGUACUAAUUUUGUCCCCAGUGGCUAAGAAACUCAAGGCAAACCAGCAGGUGUUGCCUUGAGUUUCUGAGUUUCUUGAGACUGGGUUUCAGUGUCUGUGUGUAAAAAUGGUGACUGAGUUUCUUGAGACUUGAGUUUCAGUGUCUGUGUGUAAAAACGGUGACUCUGACUUCGUCCUCUGCAGGGUUAAUGAUAGAGAUGCUAGCCGUUUCACAGAAGAGGUCUUUAGUUUCUACUCAACCUUGUGGAUCUAAUUUGAUUGUGCAUUCAUGUGCCUUAGAAUGGAGCUGAUUCCAAAACUCCUAGCUGGCCUUACUCUGCUGACUGUGUGUGUGGCGGGCUGCUCCAGCCAGCACUGGUCCUAUGGACUGCGCCCUGGAGGAAAGAGAGAUGCUGAAAAUUUUAUUGAUUCUUUCCAAGAGAUAGUCAAAGAGGUUGGUCAACUGGAAGAAACCCAACACUUCGAAUGCACCGUGCACCAGCCACGUUUUCCCCUACGGGACCUGAAAGGAGCUCUGGAAAGUCUGAUUGAAGAGGAAACUGGGCAGAAGAAGAUUUAAAUCCACUGGGCCAGAAGGAGUCACCAUUACUAACGUGACUAAAGUAUAAUUCUGACAUUGACAGUUACAACCCACUAAAUACCUAUAAAUUGUCUUAAUUUCAGAAAUCCUUACACCAAGUCACACACAUUCCAUAAUAAAGUGCUGUGUUGUGAAUUAA